UUCUUGCAGUCCAUGGGACUCUCAAGAGUCUCCUCCAGCACCAUAAUUCAAAAGCAUCAAUUCUUCGGCGAUCAGCCUUCUUUAUGGUCCAGCUCUCACUUCCAUACAUCACUACUGGGAAAACCAUAGCUUUAACUAUACGGACAUUUGUCGGCAAGGUGAUGUCUCUGCUUUUUAAGAUGCUGUCUAGGUUUGUCAUUGCUUUUCUCCCAAGAAGCAGGCGUCUUUUAAUUUUGUGACUGCUGUCACCAUCUGGACAGAGACAACAGGCAUAUAAAAGCUGCCCCUAGGCUUGUGUUUUAAGGGUUUGUUUUAAGGGUUAACUGUAUCUUGCUAAUGCUUUUAGGAAUGGCAGCAUUACUUUUUUAUUUAUUACAUUAUUUGGUUUUAUUAUUAUAUUCUAUGCUGCUCUUCAGUAGAAGAGUUGGAUACAGCAAACCUUGGUUGUUGAACGUAAGCCAUUCCAGAAGCCCAUUCGGCUUCCAAAACAUUUGACAACUGAGGUGCAGCUUCCAAUUGGUUGCAAGAGCUUCCUGCACUCUAGCAGAAUCUGUGUCGGGUGUUCAGCUUCCACAAAAUGUUCAAAAACCAGAGCAUUUACUUCUGGGUUUUCGGCGUUUGAGAGCCGAAACAUUUGAAAAUGGAGCAGUUCAGGAACUGAGGUUUGACUGUAUAAAUAAACUAUUGCUCUUAAGUUUAACUGACAUUUAAGUGAUUCAUGGAUGUAAUUUGACAGCACUUGGGCUAUCUUCAUAGACAGGUCAGCGCUGUCUAAGGAGUGUCUUGUACAUCACUAGGGAGUAGGGAUAGCAACAAUGGGACAAAACAGCUAAGAUUUGGAUGUUCGUUCCAAUUAAGAGUUGUCAUCAGACGUCAUUCAUUCAAAGCAAUUUUACCUUAUUAUUCAGCCAGAAGUUCUCCCAGAGUGGUUUACAGAUUAAUAAAACCAACACACCUGAAAGCACCUGAAGCAAAAAUGCUAACAUAAAUCAGGAAGUUCCUACUCAGACUAUUUGAGUUUUUUGAUGUAAGCCAAAAGAGUUUCAACAAGGUUAGGAAUAUUUCUUACCGGUAGUAGGGGUCUGCAUAGCUCUAGUUAAAAUGGAUUUCAGUUUGACAAGGGAAGUGGGCAAUACAAAUAAAGGUUAUUAUAAAGCAUCCAUAUAUAAAUAUUUAGAAUAUAUACAAAUAAACAGCCAUGUAAAAAUAUGUAAUGAGGAUUUUCAUUGGACUUUCUUCCCACUAAAUAGUGCCAUUCACCACUCUAAGAGAUACUAUUGAUAAAAACUCUUAUUGGCAAAAUUCAGAAAAACUUCCAUUCCAGACCUCAUCCAAUGCACAAAACUGAACAGACAAACACUGUUAAAUUCCUUGGAAGUAAACAGAAUAUAUGUGUAAACAUAGUUAUGAUUAUUAUUAUUAAUAAUAAUAAUUUAUUUUUACGGCCGUAGACGAGCUUGUGAAACACAAAUGGAACUACAAUCCCCAAAGCAAAACAAACAUUUUAAACAAUAUACAACAAUGGAUUUUAAGUUUAAAAUGUGGUAGGCAUAUAAACACAUAAAAACUUUAAGAUAUACUACCAUAGAGAAAUGACCCAGAGUCGCCCUUGGAUCCGAGUUUGGGAAUUUUCUUAAGAAACUAGUUUGAAUCGGGGGAUGAUCUGCGCCUACAAAUCUGUGUGCAGAAUCUGGCGACCGUCUGGGUCGUCUUGUGAUCUUUGCCAGCAGGAGAAGAUUGAAUUUUUGCUUUACCGGGAGUUCAACAAGCCUUACCAGCAGGGGGUCAAUGGUUUCUCUACGUGCCUCAUUGUAAAAGAGACAUCUAAAAAAUAGGUGUUUGGAGCUUCCUAUAUCCCCCCAAUGGGCAGGUGCAAAGUCUCUGGGCAUAUGGGACUUUUUUAAAGGAUCCUUCCAAGACCGACAAGGGCAGAGCCGAGCUUCUGGCAAGUGUAAAAGCCCUUCUUGCAUUUUUGGAUACGAGAAAAAAGAGACAUGCUGCUAGUGCAGCUCUACUGUAUAUCUCUAUUUUCUAAAAUUUUGUAGUCAGGACACCUUAAGUUAAUAUGUGGUGUUAAGUAUAACUUGAAAGUAAGUUUUUAAUAUUUUGUAUUCAUUUAUACAAUUAUUUAUGUGCUCUUUUGGGGUGCAUAGCCCUCCCAAGGCAACUCACAAUAUUGUAAAAACACAAUGAAUACAAUAAUCUUAAAUAACCAAAACUAACAAAAGCAGCAACAUCGACAGGGCCAGUUAAAACAAUUAACAGCGCCUAUUAGACCAAGUAAGCAGAUCUGGUUUGCCAGAAGUGGCUUAGUCAUGCUGGCCACAUGACCACGUACGCUGUACGCUGGCUCCCUCGGCCAGUAAAGUGAGAUGAGCGCUGCAACCCAACCCCAGAGUUGUCCGCGACUGGACCUAAUGGUCAGGGGUCAGUCUGCAACAUAGCGCUGUAGGAAAAGCUGCGCUUAAGAAAAGGUGUUGGUUUUUUAAGGUGGGGUUAGAGGCCAGACCCACCUCUGAGAAGAAAGCCUGGCAUACUCAAGCUCUGUUGAAUCAGGUGGGAUUUUCUUCCAAGUUAAUUGUGGCAUGAAUGGUAUUCUUCUAAAUACUUCUAAAUACGUUAUCUUACAGAGAGGUCUUCCCAAAACAAAGUGAUGCCCUGCAGGAGCAUUUUGUUCCCCACACUUUGAUUACUGGGAUUUUGUUGUUGUUGUUAGAAGCAAUGGCAGUGAAACAUAGUUCAGAUUUGUUCAGCCGAGCUCUGCGUUGACAUACACGGAGCAGGUGACAGAGAAGGUCGGGGUGGCUGGAAGAGCACCUUGUGUUGAUCAGAACAAGCUCACUGACGGGACUUCUAGUCAGAAUAGUUCUCAUUCAGCAUGUUUGAACUUUGCACUUGACUACGGUCUCUGGCCCUGAUCCCUCUUCCAUUUGCGUGGACAGGCAGAGCCCCCCCCCCCAAAUCCCAAGCGACCCCUGAAUGGAAUAAUGACUCAGACAACGUGUUAUGGGAUUAAAAUUGGCCACAACUUUAUUAAGAUUCAAGUGUAGGAAGACCUUGGUUCAGGCAUUGGGCGUUAUCCUUCCCCAGUCCUCAGCUGGGGAUCUGGGGGACUUCAGGGUUAUCCAGAAUGUCUGGGGGUUGGGCUAGCUCUGGAGAACAUAUGUUCAAGCAGACAGAGCUUGCCCCUGUUCACUGCUGCUGGAGGGGGAAAGCAAUGACAGCCAUUCAGUGUAUGGUCAAUGCUUCCCCCAAGACCCCUUUAAUGGGUGGAACCCUGAUCUUGACACCGCAAGGAAGAUAGCCAAGGCCUAAAGCUGCCAAAGUUGUGAUGUAUUGUUACGGGAAAGGUAAAACCUGCCAAUGCAGGAAAAUUCCUUUCCAGCCCUUCAACAGCAACCCUGACGUAGCAGCUCCCGUGUACCUGAGGAAAAAGGGGUUAACCUGCAAAGAAAACUUCAAUUAAGGUGCCGAGGGUGGGAGAAGCUCUGGAGCCAACUGCUGCUUGCAGGUAAGAUUCAAAUCCUAUUGUGAGUGCUAGAAAGUCCCUCCCCCUUACCUGGCCAGUCCCCUGGCAACACCUUUCCAGGCAGGACUGGAUGAUUGGCUGGGGUAGGCGGAGACCCCAGGUCUCCAGCCUGGAGAGGUAGUGGCCAGAUCCGAACUACCAGGUAGCCACUGUGUGGUCCAGGGGGCUGCAUGCGACCACGCAAAAAUUGCCCCCCGUUUAAUAUGGGGAGCGGUCAUUUCUUGCUGCCUAUCCACAUGGCUUUCCAGUUGUUGAGGAAGAGGUCUAAAAGCGUGGCCUGGAAGCUCUGCUGUGACUUCAAACCUGAGGGAGGAGGCAGAAUUUAACCAGCGUGGUGCCAUUAUUCACCUUCAUGGUAUUGUAACUCUUUGAAGGAAGACUGUGUGAGACGGGGAUCAUAGAUCCACAGGACUGCAGCAUUGGAAGGGAACAUGAGGGUCAUCUAGUCUAACCCCCCGCAAUUCAGGAAUUUUCCAGCCAACGUAGGGAUCAAACAGACAACCCUGAGAUUAAGAGUCUCAAACUAUAUUUUUCAUAUGUAUACACCUAGAGGACUGCAGGUCAUCCACCCCUGCUUUAAAUGAAUGGGAAUAGCCAAUUUAUACAUUUCAGUUGUUUUUCUGUAAAAAUGCAGAACACAGGAUGAAGUAAAAACAGUAUAGGGAAAAAAUAUAGCUGAAAUGUAAUACCUAAAAAAGACGGAUUAUGCUGUUAUUGCUAAAUAAAGUUCAACUAGUAAUAUGCAAUAUAAAUGGCUUGCAGCCUCUUAGCACCAUCGCUCGAGAAUUCUAAGAAAUCAAUAUAUCAGUGCAGUUUUGAAAGCUUUCGGUCUCAAAACGUAAGACAAAAAACUGCAGGAAGAUUCCUUGUCCACCUUCUCACUCCCCAAUCCACUGUUGUAUGCCACUUCACACACACAUUCUAUAUUCCCCAAAUGGUCUCUUCUUCCCUGCUGCAUUUUAUUUUAUGCAUAUCUCACAUUACUCUAUGGGUUUGCAGAGAACCUCUCUGUCGCCUGCCUCUGAAUAUGAGAAUGAAUGAAAGGCAGGGAAUGACAUGUUUUGUUUUCAGCUCUAUGAGCCGCAGGAAGCUUGAGGUGCACAUCUUCUUUAGGUCCCCUUCAAAUGUGUGUAAUGGAAAUAAUAUGCUUUGGAAGAUAACAUUGAGAUUUAAGGAAACACUCUGAUAUCAUUUUGUAAAAGCUGUGACUGGAGAGCUGUGGCAGAGGGAAACACAUGGGGGAUGGAGUUCCAUAUAAUGCUGAAAAGAAACUAUUUGUCCUGAGGUACCAAUAGCUCUCUGCUCUCCUGUGAGCUAACUCCACCCUCUUCUCUGGCACGGGGCUAUUUUGGGCUGGCUGUGUGAGCCAGAGCUCUGACAGAUGAGCUCCAUUCUGAAACACAACGCAGCACAGUUAGCACUUGUUGCUCCUGUGAACCAUUACAAACAGCAGCAGAGUCUUCUGAUAAGUCCUCUCCCAGUAGGAAAUUUAUUUUCUCUGCUAAUAGAAGUUUCAAAAACAGCAAAGAGAUGGUUUAGAGGAGGGGAAGAAAGCAUUGCAAGCCUUCUCUUUUUUUCCAUAUUAUAAAAGGAAGCAUAGCUGUUGUGGAGCUGGAACCUUUUGUUGCUUUGCGGUGUAAGCAGAACACCUCCUAGCUGGGGGGGGGGGGAGUAAAAAAUGACAGACUCAUCUCCUGCAAAUGGAGAAGGAAAGGACCCUGAAAUCGAGCUCUUUGUAAAGGCUGGUGUAGAUGGUGAAAGCAUUGGGAACUGCCCUUUUUCACAGCGUCUCUUCAUGAUACUUUGGCUCAAAGGGGUUGUGUUCAAUGUCACCACAGUUGACCUGAAGAGAAAGCCAGCUGAUUUACAUAAUUUAGCUCCUGGGAGCCACCCACCGUUCCUGACGUUCAAUGGGGAAGUCAAGACAGAUAUCAACAAAAUUGAAGAAUUUUUGGAGGAAACGCUUUCACCUCCAAAGUAUCCCAAGUUAGCUGCCAAGCACCGUGAAUCAAAUGCUGCAGGCAUAGAUAUCUUCUCCAAAUUCUCUGCGUUUAUCAAAAACACAAAGCAGCAGGACAAUGCGAGCCUGGAAAGAGGUCUAACAAAGGCUUUGAAGGAACUGGAUGACUACCUGAGAAAUCCUCUACCUGAAGAGAUAGAUGCAAGUAGCACAGAGGUGGAGAAAGUGUCGAAACGCAAGUUCCUGGAUGGGGAUGAGCUAACUCUGGCCGACUGCAACCUUCUGCCCAAACUUCAUGUUGUCAAGAUUGUAACGAAGAAAUAUCGAAACUAUGAGUUUCCAGCAGAAAUGACGGGACUUUGGCGAUACCUGAGAAAUGCUUAUGCUCGGGAUGAAUUCAUCAACACUUGCGCUGCUGACAAAGAAAUUGAAAUAGCUUAUGCUGAUGUAGCCAAACGGAUUUGAUGUACCCAAAUCCUAAUCAAAAUCUAUUUCACUGGAUGGCUGGAAAUAAAGGUAUCAGUUCCCCAGAAAAAAUGGAAGGUGGCAAUGCAGAAGAGGAAACGUUACUUCUGAAAUGUGUACUGAUUUGCUGGAACAAAUUUUAUCAUUUAUGACCAGUGUUUUGAAAUCACCAUGUUUGAUUAAAUAACCUCCCGCUAAGAGUACAUUCUAUAGCUAGAAAUUUCAAAGUUAAGUAGAACAUGAAUGUAAAGAAUAAUUUGGGUUUGGAGUAUUUCUACCUUUUUUCAUGAACCCUUGAUGUGUUCUAUUCAAAAAUACACCGUCAAUAGCUUUGGAGGAAAAAUAGGACUGACAGUAAGAAAGGGGAUAUUGUCAUGCGGGAAUUGGAAGCAUCUUUAGAAGCGUGUCCUGCCCUCAUAGAUCAAGGAGACAGUUAUAGGAGAAGUCUCAUGCUUUGGGGGGAAGCCUGAGUGAAUGCUGGUGCAGGUACGUAGAUUUGCUCAGCAGAGGUCCCAGCAGUAGGGAAGUAGUGAAUGCAAUAAUUUUCUGUACAUUUAUGAUUCAAAGAUAUUUGGAGGAGCAAUGUUAAUACAAAAACAGCCUAGGUAAUAUUGAAAAGAAACUCAGUACUGCGAUGGAAUUUAGAUAUAUAUUGAAUGGCUCUUCACAGCUAACUCACAAGGAUCUACAGUAUCCUUGCAAACAUCUCAGCAUGUUAAGAAAAAAAGGAGCAUGCAACAGAAAUCUGAUUCCUCAUAUGAAUGGAUAAGAAAUGGAGUUCAUUCCAGGCACCCCCAAACUGCGGCCCUCCAGAUGUUUUGGCCUACAACUCCCAUGAUCCCUAGCUAAGAGGACCAGUGGUCAGGGAUGAUGGGAAUUGUAGUCCAAAACAUCUGGAGGGCUGAAGUUUGGGGGUGCCUGGUAUAUUCCUAAGUCGUCAUUUGGUCUAGAAAUCCUGAAAACAGCAGUUUUGUUUUAAAAAGUAAUUAUUCCCCACUGCCAACACUAGGUUGAAGUUUGGCAGGUAUAUAACUGCUUCCGAGAGUUGGUAGGUUUCUUUGUGCUCACAGAGGGUAACAUCCAACUGCAGCUUCCCACAGGGGCAGCAGAUUCUGUGUCCACAAACAGGAAUCCCCCUACGUUCUCUCCUACAGCUCCUUGCGGGCUCUUAAAAAACUAUUGUGGGGCUUGAAGGACCCUCCAGAGCAGAUUGGGGGAAAUGGGGGGGGGAGUGGG